UGAGUGACGCACUCCAGGACCACAACACAGAAGCAUCAGCUGACAAGGCACACGUCAAAACGCUGUUUCGCAGCAUAUGGCAAACGUUUGAAAUCUUUUUCCAAUGCCAUAGUCCUUUAAAUAGAUUUCAAGAGCAUAUCACGCAAAGACUGGCAGACUGCAGCAGUUCAAUAUGGAGUCAAGUGAGCGAAGUGAAAUCGAUUGGGGAUCUAAGCUAGCAUGUGAUGAUGAUGACCAUAUGUCAGACAACGUGAAAGGCUGGCCGGAGACAUUACUUAUGAACGUUCACGUUGGUCUAGAACUACCCCGGCCACUCUCUGAUGAUGCCAAGUGCUCUUUUGCGGCAGGCGAGUGUUUUUAUUUCCACUACGGCUGCGAUGGGCAUGAUGACCGCGGCUGGGGAUGCGGCUACCGCACCGUGCAGACGCUGUGCUCCUGGCUGUGCAGGAGCUGGUCCCCUCCGAAGGGGCAAUGCAGGUCUCCGCCGAGCCUGCCCGACAUCCAGCGAGCUCUGGUCACGAUGGGUGACAAACCACCGACUUUCGCCGGGUCCCGGGAGUGGAUAGGGACGUUCGAGGCGUCGCUCAUUUUGGACUACUACUACGAUGUGCCUUGUCGUAUCGUCCACGUCCCAGGUGGUGGGGCGCACUUGGAAGAGGCAGCGCUAGACUUGCACCAGCAUUUUAGCACACACGGCUCGCCGGUCAUGAUGGGAGGUGAUCGGGACAACUCUUCUAAGGGCAUUUUGGGGGUGUGCAGCGGGACACAGGGCAGCUACUUGCUGGUCAUGGACCCCCACUACUAUGGCCCGCCACUGAAUAUGGACACGGUGCAAAGGAAAGGGUGGGUGUCGUGGAAGAAAGUGAGCAGCCUGGAUAGCUGCUCAUUUUACAACCUUUGUCUUCCUCAGACCGCACCUAAAUGAGCCUGGACGUCCAACUUUAUUAAAUCAAAUGUAAAAUGAUGGCGACUGAGACCAUUACCCCAUGGUUAUUAUCGCAGUGUUGUCAAGUCAGCUGGUUGACACUGGAGAUACAUUGAAGGACUGUGGUUGACGCGAGAUGGUGGCGCCACAGUGUGGUCAAAAUACGCAACUGAUUUUGAAAUGCUCAGAAAUGUAGGCCUACCGUCCCUAAAUGUCGUGUAAAUUAAAUAACUGAGACAGAGAGGCGUCAGAUUUGAUUUCAAGUUUAGACUUGAUGGACAAGAUGCCAUACAAUGAUGACGAGCAGAACGGCAAGCAACACAAAAUGUCAGCUGGGAUACUAUAGCCUACAGAUGUUAGCCUACUAGUCUGCAUGUGAAAUCAGUCCUCCCCUUAUGCAUGCAUGAUGUUGCAUUCUGUCUCGCCAUACACUGAUUUAAAUGUAGAAUUAUUGCUAAUUUAUUUUCUUAAAUUUCUUAAUUUCAUCUGAGAGUUUUAACUAUGUGGAAUACAUUUGGCUAGUCAGAGGGUUACACAAUUUCAAGUUCUUUAAGCAAAACAUGGGAAAACACACUUGAACUUGAACAAACCAGUGAAAUAAAACAUUGCUUCAAAGCCAAAACAUGUCACGGACGUAUUGUGUUUAAGUCACAGUGAGUUUAACAUUUGAGGUUAUUUUUCCUCAAAUGUUAAACUA